AUGCCUGUGGGGAUUGAAGCCUGGGUCACUCAGAUCCCACCCGUUACUCGAGCGUGGCUUAUUAUCUCUGUGGCGACCAGUCUGGCCGUGCAAACGCAACUGGUGACUCCACUUCAGCUGUAUUUCAGCUUCAAGGCUGCGUUCACGAAUAUGCAGCCAUGGCGUGCUUUGACCACGUUCUUUUACUUUGGGACGAUCUCUCUAGACUUCAUAUUCCACAUGUUCUUCUUCAUGCGGUAUAGUCGAUUGCUCGAGGAGUCUUCCUUUGCGAACAAGAAAGCAGACUACUUUUGGCUCCUUUUCCUCUCCGCCAUCAUGCUACUCGCACUCUCUCCUCUUGUCAAUCUCCCCUUCCUCUCCUCACCUCUCGCAUUUGUACCAAUCUACCUUUGGUCAAGACGACACCCCUCCACACCAAUCUCUCUCUUCGGCUUGGUGACGAUCACCGCCCCUUACCUCCCCCUCGCCCUGGUAGGCCUCGCGUGGCUGCUGAACGGCACCUGGCGCGCAGCGGCAGGCGACUUGCUUGGGUGCGCCGUUGGACAUGUAGGUUGGUUCAUGCGAGACGUAUGGGCACGGGAAAUGGUUGGCGGUCCCACCAUCCUGAGCGAUGCGCCAGAAGCGUUGAAACGACUACUAGGGGACAUCUAG